GUUCUAUUCAAGUAAUAUCUACUGCAAUUACUUAUUUCGAUAGUGCUUUUGAUAGUGCAUGAAUCUUGAAAUUCAAAAUUGUGUAUCUUAUCUUUGAAACAUUUAUAUUAACAAUUUGUAAACAAUUUACUAUCUAAAAAAUAGAAACUAUAAUAAAGAAAUAUUUUAGAUAACAGCUUAUCGUCAAUUAUUUAAUAAAAACAUUACUUGCUUGUUAUUAUUACCUAAAAGUAACAGAAAAUGGAUAGAUGGUUGGGAAAAGUAGCCCUAGUUACAGGGGCAAGUGCUGGUGUAGGAGCCGCUAUAUCAGAGAAAUUGGUUGAAGCAGGUUUAAAGGUUGUCGGUGUUGCAAGACGCAAAAACGUUUUAGAUGAACUAGCUCAAAAGUUAUCUUCAAAGAAGGGAAAAUUUUUUCCUUAUACUGGCGAUGUCUCCAAAGAAGAAAACAUUGUAAAAGCGUUCUCUUGGACCAAAGAAAAUGUAGGACCUGUCAGUGUUCUAAUAAAUAAUGCGGCUGUUUUACUUCUAGAAGAUUUAAUUUCUAUCACAACUCAACAUUUAAAACAAGAAUUUGAUAUAAACGUAAUUUCAGUUUGUAUUGCAAAUAGAGAAGCCAUAAAGCAAAUGAGGGAGAAUAACAUCGCAGGGCAUAUUAUUAACAUCAACAGUGUUGCAGGUCACAAGGUGAUUACUGUUCCAAAACUUAAUGUAUAUUCCGCAACCAAACAUGCUGUUAGUGCACUUACUGAAACUCUACGAUUGGAGCAAUCAAAUCAAAAAACCAACAUAAAAGUAACGAGUAUUAGCCCAGGGGCAAUUGUAACGGAGAUGAUGAUGAAUGUUUCAAAAGAGAUGGGUAUGCCAAUUGAGAAACCUAAGGAGAUUGAAAAAGUAGCUGCACUGAGUGCGAAAGAUGUAGCCGAUUCAGUCUAUUACGUGCUAUCUACACCCCCUCACGUCAACAUUACGGAAUUGACGAUUCAAGUAGUAGGGGAGACAGCAUAAUUCGAAUUUUUUGCAGAUGAUACGAAGAUAAUAAGUUUACUUUUUUAACUCACUCUUGCAUUUUCACAAAUAAAUAGUUUAAGUUUA